AUGUCUGUGAACAGUGAGUACUCGCUGCUCUCGCCCGUCACCCAAACGGCCAUUUCUAGAGAGAAAAAAGAGUGGCAACACACAAAGAAGUCAGAAAACAGUUCAUGAAGAUGCUCCAACCACUAUGGAGAAAAGACAGAAAAAGAAAGCGAUUGUGUCAUUUUUGUCGAUCACAAUAAGCAAGGGCGUCAUUGGACUACGCCAAGAUUUUGUUCAACUGAGGCGAUUCAACGAUUUCGAGAAGAUGAAGGCGUUCCAGACGGCGCAGGACGACGGCCGCAACCGUUACAAAGACGUCGGAUGCCUGGACAACAAUCGGGUCAAACUGAAUGCUCCGUGGCCCCACGACUACAUUCACGGCAACUACGUCAGCGUGCCUUCGAAUCCGAAACGCUUCAUCUGCACUCAGGCGCCGCUUGAGAAGACGUGCGCCGACUUCUGGUUCAUGUGUCUCCAGGAUCGCGUCGAGUACAUCUUCAUGUUGUGCAAUUUCACGGAGAAGCAGGUGAAGAAGUGCCACGAAUACUAUCCGACGAGCAAGAAGAAGACGCUCGAGUUUACGGAGGGAAAUCACAAGAUUACGGUCAAAUACGAGUCAUCGAACAAGGUAUGAUUAGUUUUGGAGAAAACAAUUUGAGAGUACCAUGUUGUAGGUCAAAUUCUCAAAGGAAAAAGACAAGGAGAAGAUAAAAGUGGUGGUGACAGAGACGAUUAUUUCGGUGGAAGGACCAAACGAUACGUCGAUCAAAACGGUCCAUUACCACUGGAAUGACUGGCCCGACCGCGGCUGCCCUCAGGCCGAUAUGGCCAUUGUGGAGCUGCUCGACAGAGCCAGACACUCGAAAGGACCGAUCGUCGUGCACUGCUCCGCUGGAAUCGGCCGUACUGGGAGUGUUGUGAUGAUCGAGUACAUGAUGGAUCAGUUCAUAAACGGACAGCCGAUCGAGGACGGCGACAAGAUCUUGGUCAAGAUCCGCGAGCAGCGCAACAACUCUGUUCAGGCAUCGACAUUACAAACGAACUAUUUUCAACUAGACUAUUUUUCAUUUUCAGACGGAAUUCCAGUACUUGUUCGUUCACGAAGUGAUGCUCAACUUCUUCGCCUACAAGAAGCUUUUCGAUGCGAACGCUCUUCUGGCCGUCAAAGGUUUCUCCGACGAGUACUAUAGGGCUCUACGCUGA